ACCAAUAUGAAAUCAUAUUGCAAUACUUGUUUCACUUUGCUAUUGAUUUGUAAUGGAUUGAUAUUAUUUGCGAACGGUUACAGUUUACGAAAACCGAAAGAAGCUUCAUCGAUAUUUUUAAUAAAACACGAUCUACGACUUUGUUUUGACAAUCUUCAAGCUGGUCGUCUUGUGCGUUCUAUUGAUGGUGAAGAUUUUUGCAAUUAUAAUGGAAAGAAUUACACGUUUAUGCAACAUAUAUUCGAUCCAGCAACGUGCAGAUCUUGUAUUUGUCUGGCUCCCCACACUUUGUAUUGCUGUCAGGCUGAACUAGUGCCGGAGGAAAUGCCGCCACAGUGCAAAGCGGUUCCAGACAGUCGACACAGUCCUGUACCACCGCUCAGGCACUGCUUGGCGCCCCUGAUAGAAAACAAUACGUCCAGCAGACGUCCAGAAGCUUGCAAGGAUCGGAACUUACGCGAAGCUUUAUCUGGAACAAAGCUGCUACAUGUCGGUGGCGGCAGAAGCGGAAUUCUGAGAAUAAUGGCGGUCAAAUCUAUGAACACAAACGCAAAAAGACAUUCCGGGGAUAAAACGAAAGCAGAUAUUAGAAUUCUAGGAAAACUAAUUCUCCAAAGAAAGAAUUUUAUUGAUAUCAAAAGUGACCUGUGAAUGAGUAUACGACCUUUUGCCAGCAUGCAAAAGUCUGUCGUGUUGUAGCAGCGUAAAGAUACGUUCACUGGGAAGAAUCUUGGAUGAGGAAAUUAUGAGUCACCUGAUUCUCUCACGUUAUCCAGAAAUGAAUGUUUGUUGUUGGAAUUAUCUCUGUAGAUGGCUCCUAAUGGCACCAUCUUCGCACCUUAAAUCUAACAGAAGAUCAUCUUGGGUCGAUGCCCGUUAUUUGAUUGAAAAUUGAAAAUACAGAGAUGACAAAUAAAGCACAAAAAUGUUUGCAGUAUCUCUUCAUACAAGAGUGUACGCAACAUUUACGAGCACAGAAUACGGAAUAUAUUCCAUGGCUCACUAAACGACCAUUUUGCUAAUGGUCCACCGAUUUUCUCAAAAAUGCGUUUUUCAAAAACCCAUUUCACCUGGAGGCCGAAAACAGUGUUGUAUUUUUCCACAUGUAUUAUAUCCUCUCAUUUCAGUCUGUGGACCUCAUCACCAUCAAGGUUGAAAGUUUACACCGUCGACAUCUUGAAAUGUCUUGAAGAAUCAAAUUGUAUCAUUUUUAUAUUACUUUACGCUCUUAUAUAACUUAUUUAUUCGAACGUUUUAUAUUCAUCUGCGUUUCUAUCACCUAUUUAUUUUUUCUAUUCU